GGCGCCAUCUGUGACGUUUAGCUGUAACUAAUUUUUUCUCUAAAGACCCGCGUUACCCUCGGGACGAGCCAGCAAUCUCUUGCAAUUGUUUGUUAACGUAUUUUCCAUAUUUUUCUAUCUGACUCUGAAGUAUUCCAUUUAUACAGUAUUCUAAAUUAUUCAAGCUGUCCUGAAACUCUUCAUUUUUAAUUCUAAGCCUCCAAAAAGCGUAAAACAGCAAAACUGUGGGAACCAUCCACAACUGCAAAGUCACUGUUAAGUUAAUGCAUUGUAACAAAUGUUAUAUUAAUUAUUAGUUUUAAAUUAUGUAACUGUUAGGUUUGGUGUUUAGUGGGAAUUUAAUUUUUGUCUUUAUUCCAGGAUUGGUCAUUAUGCCGGAAAAGGAACUGAGAUUAGAUUGGACCUCCAUUUUCAGUGAUUCGAGUCAUCCUUUAGAAGGCAAACCAUUUUAUUGAGCGAAUCUGAAAGUGGUGUUGAUCUUUUUUAAUUGUUGAUAAUUUUUGUAUUGGCUUUGCCUUCACGGGAAACAUCAUGUGUUUAAUAUUUGGACGAGUGGAGGGAUUCCCGAGCCAAUAUCCUGAGAAUAAAACACCAGUGACUGUGGAUGUCGUGGAAGCUGGAAUAAUCACGGCUUUUGUUUUAGUUGCCGUUGCAUUUCUUGCAAUUAUUCCCGGGUAUAGUAAAAAAAGAAGUAUCUACAACAUCGCCAAGGUCACUUGCAGCAUUUUAAUAGGAUGCAUCAUAAUGGUGGGAAAUUUUGGGCAAGAGUGGGAAAUCGGAAUCGUCGACACGAAAACGCCAUACAGAGCUGGAGAAAAAAGCGCCAUUCAAGCUCGCAUCGGCCUUAAAAUCGGUUUGCGUUCUGUAAACAUUACAUUGCAAGGAGAAGGAGAAGCAGGAACGCCUCUUGAAAAGGAGAUUAUAAAUUACAACGAACGAUUUCCCUGGACUUGGGACCAAGGAAGAUUUGGAUUCGGCCCUUAUGCUGGACGAUUGCAGCGACAUUUCAGAGAGGCUCAAAGAAAAGGAUUGCCAUCGCCAAUUAUAUCGAUUGUUGAUUAUCUGGUCGUAGAUGGCGAAGGUUUAAGAUUCGGAAGGUUUUAUCGAACUGCGGGAUGGUAUACUCAUAUUUUAUUAUGGGCAACACUCCCUGCCUGGAUAUUUGCUAAUAUAUUUCUGCAAACCGUGGGCCGAUAUGCCGCAUAUUUCAUCGCUUUAAUUGGAGUUUUUCAAUUAUUAGCAUGUGCAAUUUGGAGCAUUGUCCGUAAUCCAAUUCCUUUGGUAAUCCCCUUCGAAGAUGGAGUCAUCAGUACUCAUUUCGGACCCCAUUAUUGGAUGACACUAGCGUGUGGUAUCUUCUGCUUGGCACUAGCAUCCACAAUUGUGUUCAUGGACCUCAGAUAUCCAAACAUGUUGUCAGUCUUCUUAGGCCUGGAUCCUCUGAACCAGUACGACGAGUACGUAGUGCGUGCGUCAGAGAUGGAGCGAAUUCGAGACCAAAUGAAAGUGACUAGCACGCUAGAAUUACGAAACAUGGAAGGUGACUCUUCUCAAAAUCAGGAAACUGGUAUGAUGAUCCUGAAAAGAAGGUCGACGGUUCGGAUGGCGCAAAAGAAUUUAUUCCGCACACCCGUUCCCGUGCAAAUCGAUGAUUACGAUGACAUAGGAUUUUACGCCAAUCAAAAUGUCACCACGUCGCAGGGACCCCAAAGCUCAACUUUGACGAAAAAAACGUCAAUGGAGGAGUCAACAAUGGCUAAACCUCCAUUACCGGCGAAGAAUCGCAUAAAGAAGCAACGAGACCCAGAUAAAGUUGUUAAAGUCUAAAUUAAGAAUGUUCCUGAAAGUUUAAAAGAAUGGCUUGUCUAUCAUUAGCUGUAAAAGAAUGGACUGAACAACACUCGUUACAUCAUUUUUCAUCUGUCUCAAGAUCUAAAUGAGUGUCUUGUCUAUCAUCAGUUGUAAAAUAAUGGACUGAACAACA